AAUCUCAGCCCACCGAUCUUUCUUUCCUUCUGGUCACUAUAUAUUGUUCCAACUAUUGCUCUUCCAUUCACCAACCCAUUCACCAACCCGGCAUCACAACCACCUUUCCCUCCUUCCAGCCUUCUGCUUCCAAUCCCUCUUUGUUCUUUAUCUCUAAACCUCUUUUCCUCUCCUUUCAAUUCAGGUCUUAUUCCAAUGGCCGGCAAGUCUAAUGUUCAGCUCUCAUCUCCAUUGGAGAUGAAUGGCCAGCUUGGACCAUUCGACGAGAAGCUGGCCACGGCAGACCGCUACGGCCAUGAGGGAGUGGCAGCAGGAGCAAGAGCAGCUGUGGUUGCAGCUGUUGCUAGUGCUGUACCCACUUUGGCAAGCGUGAGAAUGAUACCAUGGGCAAGGCGCAACCUCAACCCCACCGCUCAGGCCCUCAUCGUCUCCUUAGUGGCAGGCUCGGCGUUCUUCAUAGUUGCAGACAAGACGGUGCUGACCACGGCAAGGAAGAACUCUUUCGGGCACUCCCAUCCUUAGUUACAGCAACCGCCGGCCAUGCAUACACAUAUAUGAUAUAUGAUGGAAUUUGGAAAUGAUUGUCUAAGUUUACAUGUAAUUCGAGCCUACUUGAGUUGUUAUAUACCUGUAUGAGCAAUGUAUAUAGCUCUGUGGAAAUGCUUAUCUAAGUUUAUAUUGUAAUUUCAAUCCAGUUCAGCUGUUAUUUGCCUGUAUGAGCAAUAUAUAUAGCUCUGCGCAUAUGUACAAAUGCUGAUAAUUAAUGAAGCUUGUUUCUUCACCAAUA